AACUCAAGCAAGCACGUGGUGUUAACAUGGCGUCCCGCGCUGGAAGGAGAGUUUCUAAGGACUCCAGCAGCAGUGACGACGAAGAGCUUAAAAAGUGCCGGGAGGCCGUUUGGGAAAGCCAAACAUUUAAGGCAAAAGAUGGGGAUGGCAGUGUUAAACAGGAGUCUAAGCGCCACUUAAUUAAAACUGAGGGGCAAAGUGUAUACAUUCUGUUGUGCAACAGCGUUGUGGUCGCUGACCAUGAGCAUGACGGAAACGAGCUCCAGGUCACCCAAGGAUUUCGGAAACAUGUCGCUAGAAAGCUGGAGAAUCUUCUGGACAGUUGCAUUUCAGAAACGCAGCACAUAGCCUCAAAAUGUCUGGAAUCAAAAUGUGAUGAUGGUCAAGAUGAGGGAUUUCGUUUGUUUUCUACAUCCGUCCCGGGACAGGAAGAUGCCAAGCCUUCGUCAGCACCCAGGCGUCGGCCUCCUCCCAGCUCAAGUGACAGCGACAGCGAGAUGGAAACCAGACUGAAGGAGGCAGCGGUGUCCAUCAGUGACCUGUUACCUUCAGCCAUGCGCUCAUCUUCCUCAGUAGAGCCUCUCGGCUCAGAAGUUGGAGCAAAAAAGAAGAAGGUGGAAGAGGAAGAAGAGCAUUGUGUCGUCAAGAAAAAGACGAAACGGAAAAAAGAAGAGAAUAAGCAGGACUCUGUAUCCUCUGCUCAUCACCAAGGCAAUGGUGAGCAGGAACACUCUGUAGUCAACAUAAAACAAAAAAAGAAAAAGAAGCGUAAAAGAAAUGCAGAAGAAGAAGCUUUGAACUGAGUUUUUAAUCUAGUGUUUACUCAUUCGGGCUGUCUGUGUUUUGUGUUGAACUGAUCAAGUGGUGUGGAACACUCAAUUAUUUCUCAGAUAACACAAGGCAUCUAGUUUGUUUAUAAAAUAACUUUACAUCCGUUGUUGAUGGUUAUACAUAUUUUUUUUCAAAAACUUCUCAUCAAAAGGGGAAAAAAAAGCAUUUAAGGAAAGCAAAUUAAAAACAGUGCAGGUAACAUUUGUUUGCCAAGUUUCACCUGAAGUUACAAUUUCCAAGAAAAACUAAAUAUUUUAAUAAAAAUAUUUUUGGUGUUGA